UUAUAUGAAAUUGUGCGUAAAAAUUGUAAGUACUGCACACACGUGCUUUUAUUAUUAAAAUAACACUUUUUCACAUAAAUAGCUUCCGUUACAAGUCAUUAGUGUAUUAAUAAAUUUUUGAAUGUAAAUCUGUCGACUGGUUUGCAACUGGUCUUGUUAAAAAUGUGAAUAAUAAAUUGAAAUGUCUAAAGAAGGUUAUACUGCCGAGAAGAAAGAAGGUGACAGUAAAGUGGUUUUGGAAAGAUUACAAUUGUAUCUAAAAGAUAAGAGAAGCAGUGAACUGACGGAAGGUAGUCCUCUUUAUUGCAAACCGAGUACAAGUUUCGAGCAAAGUCCAUUAUCAGUGCCAUCAAUAGAAGACAGUAGCAACGUGUUACGAGAAAUACUUAACCAUAAGAAGGCUGAACUGCUACGGCAGCCUGAAGUUAUAGCCUUUCUAAAGAAUUUAUCUUCAGAUUUAAAAACUCAAUAAACAUGGCAGUAACAGCGCAAAAGAGCGUAGCUGCAUUGAUGAGAAAGACACUAGAUCGCCAAGCAGCUGUGACACGAAUGAAAGUAUGUUUUAAAAGUAAACAAAUAGAGCGAAUUUUAGUGAAUUUCAUCAAAGAUGGAAAUAGUGUAUCCUACAAUGAAUUGCUUAAAAUAUUAAAUGAUGGGCAACUUAGUGACAGCAACUUUAAAGUGUUAUUUGAAGAUUGUCUAUCAUGUGUUAUUUAUAUGGAGAGAGAAUUAAAAAGUUUUAUUCAGGUACUUUGUAAUAUUGAAUGGGUGACCAGAGAUCAAGAAAUUGUUGAUGUAUUUGGUACAUUUAUUGUAAGUCUAUUGACAGCACACACUUAUCACUGUCCAAGAGUGAUGACAGAGCUGGUGAAACUAUUUAGAGUUGAAUGUGAUGAAUGGGAUGAUCAACCUUCAAAAGAGCAAGUAGCAAGGUGGUCAAAUAUUCAUUCAUUAAUUGCACAUAUUGUUGCAGUUAUGCCAAUGAGCAGUAACAUUCUGAUGCAGACAAUUGUGGAAAAUUUCCCUUACUAUAAAGCUGGACGAGUCAAUAGAUCAUAUGUGUACAAUUUAAUAUGGAUUAGUAAAUACAUAACAUCACUAAGGGAACAGAUUUUGACCACCAUUAUUAUAAAAAUGAUAGAAAUGGAUGUAAAUGUUGUUGAGGGAAACAAAAUGUUGGAACAAGAAUCAAUAUACAAAAUGGAAGUGGAUGAAAAGGAUAAAGUCAGUCACAUACUGGAUUGUUGCAUGUUUGAGAUGCUGCAGUGGAUGCAAGAUGAGAGGGAACAUAUCCUAUACAGUCUCUGUAAUGUUUUUGAGAGAGUCAUACUACCCACAUAUGGAAUUAGACAUGUGCAGUUCCUGCUUCUCUAUGCUAUAUCCAUAAACCAGCAAUGUGCAGAUAGGAUAUUCAAAAAUCUGUGGAUGAUCGCAGCAGGACUGCAUGGCAUAGGACCAGGAGCAUUGACAACAAGACGGACAGCAGCCAGUCACUUAGCAGGAUUGUUAGCGAGAUGUGUCAGAGUAACUAGGACCAGAUUAGUGCAUUAUUUAAAGACAAUGGCUGACUGGUGUCACGGUUACAUAACAGCGACACAGGAAACAUCAGCAAAUGACAGUACAAAGGUCCAUGGUGCCUUCCAUGCCAUAUGUCAUGCAAUAUUUUAUCUUGUUGCAUUCAAGAAUCAUCACCUCUUUAGGAGUAAAAGUAGUUUAAAUUUUGUGGAAUCAUUGAACCUGCCACGUCUUGUAAGCUGCCCCUUAAACCCACUGAGAACCUGUCCUCCACAAGUCACCAGAGCCUUUUCAUCUGUAACAAGAUCACACCAGGUUGUGUACUGCCAGGCUAUUAUAGAGAAGAACACGAGGUUAUCAUUAACAAACACUGUGGAAUAUGACGAGUGGUUUCCAUAUGAUCCAUACACCUUGCCACUAUCAGGAAAAACAAUAUGGCCUCUAUGUGUAGAAUAUAAAGACUGGCUGAAGGAAGGUGAUGAUGAGACCCAGUAUACUAGUCUGAAAAGGAAACUGGAUGCAGAGGAUGAUGACUACUUAAUCACAUAUUCCUCACAGAAGCUCCAUAAUUCUUUGUCCAAUUGCAGCAUGCCGGGAUUUAAAACUAGUGAGACUAUACUAUCCUAAGAUUGAUCUGUAUAAUAUAUCCUUGGAUUAUCGCCUUGUAACUCAUCUUUUCUGUGAUUUUAUUUUAUUAUUUCUUUUAGAAGAUUACCUUCUAUCACAUAUGUGAGUCUUGGAAUAUUUAUUUAACGUUUGUACAAACUUUAUACACGUAAGCAUGUAAGAUUUUAAAUGUUAUAGCUCUGUCUUGUUUGAGUGGCAUUAUUUUAAAAUGAUUACAGUCAAAAUCUAUUACAAAAGCAUCAAACAUAUUAACUAUUGGUUAAACAAACUGAAAGUGAUAAUCAUAUGACUGAUUAUAAUUAUAUUUUCCUGCUGCAGUUUUUUAUUCUUGAUGCACAUACGAUUUUAUUAAUUAACAUGUUAUUGUCAAAUAUUCCGAAGAGGAAACAAUAGGAAUACUAUCACUUUUUUUAUGGAAAAAAGAGCGUCCGCGUCACCUGGUGUUAAGUGAUCACCGCCGCCCACAUUAUCUUGCAACACCAGAGGAAUCACAGGAGCGUUGUAAGGAAGGUGUACGCGCUAUUUUGAAGGUACCCAUGUCGUAUCGUCCCGGAAACACUGCACCAGGAAGUUCACUCCACAGCUUUGUAGUACGUGGAAGAAAGCUCCAUCAAAACCUGGCACUGUGGAGGACCGCCACGCAUCUAGAUGGUGGGGAUGAUAUCCUUACUUGUGGCGUGUCGUGCGAAGGUGGAAUUAAGCGGCAGGAAUCAGGUUAAACAGCUCUUCGGAACACUCCCCGUGAUAAAUGUGGUAGAAGACACACAAUGAAGCGACGUGUCUACGCAACUUGUGGCGUGUCGUGCGAAGGUGGGAUUCGGCGGCAGGAAUCAGGUGAGACAGAAAUUGCAAUUCACGUGUCCCAAUAUAAGGCGAUAAGAAUGACUUAUCGGGUAUAUUGGGACAGCUUCAGAUUAUUGACAGCAAAUUACUGACAGUAGAAGGUCGCAAUUUAUCUCUAUCUGUAGAUAGUAUAUUGGGAACGAACCAAAUAAUUGUCAUGGUUGGUCAUGUGAAUGGUUUUGACUGUACCUUAACUAAAUUUAAACAAUUUUUUCAUUCAUUUAAAGUUUUUGUACAAAAAUUAAUUUUAAAGUGAUUGAGAAGAAAUUUAUGUUAUUUUCUUAUCUGUAAUAUAUAUAUUAUUUAUAUUAUAUAUGGUGUUUCUAAUUUGAAUGAGAAGUAUAGAAACUAUUUAUUAAAUUUAAUUUCUUUUAAACAAAUUUUUCACUAAAAUGUGUUUUUACUUCAAGCCCAGUGUGUUAUACACAAAAAUUGUGUGUUAAGUAUUCUAGGAUACAUUAUUUAUUAUAUAAAACCAGUGAUUGUAAAACAUGCUGAUUUUUAUCAUGGGUUGACGGACCACAGAGUUAUAUUAUGUCACUUGACUUUUCAAAGCUAGCAGUGAAUGUGUCAUAAACCCGCGCGUCGGAACCUUGUCAUAAUAUAAACAUCUGCGAUCCGUCAACUAACAGUUGUUGUAUGCCAUGACGUCACUAAGAUGGCGAUUUGACCCCAUAUUAUAGCGCGGGGAUAUAUUAGUUACUUUAAGUUUAAUACUACUAGUGACUUAAGUAGUUAUCUGUUUAUCUAUUUGAAAAUAAGCAUAGAUUUAUAUAUAAGAAGAUGAAUAUUGUUAUUUGAUACGUUAGUAUUUAAUAAAAAUGAACACAUC